AUGAACACCCCGAUCCCAGCUUCCCUGCCUCUCCUGCCUCUUCCCCCGGAAUCCGUCCUCUUUCCCUCGCUCGUCAGCUCUGUACAGCUCAAUUCGCGGCAUGCGGUCGAGCUCAUCCGGUCCGUAGUCAAAGACGCCUCGUCAGUGUCAUCAUCGGGCUCUCCGGCUUCCUCGUCCCUCGUCAUCGGCUGUGUUCCGCUCAAGGCCAACAACACCGUCGCCAAUGCCCUCUCCGACGCCGUCAACCGCACAAAGCCGAAGGGAGAAGAGGCGGGUGGGGACAACGCGAAGGGCCGGAAAGACGGCGACGAUGCUGCUGCGGACAGGAAGAAGGGCCUGCAGGUCAUCCGGGUCCCUGUUGAGGGCGGAAAGAACGCAGGCGGUCUUGGUGACGAGAAGCCGGAGCCGGGCGACUUGUUCGAGUUCGGCGUGGCUGCCCGCAUCGUCCGCCUAGAACGCUUGUCCGCGUCGAGCGGCGGCGGCUUCUUGGUCGUCGUCGAAGGACUCGCUCGCUUCUCCUUCGACCCAUCGAGCCUCUCCUCCUCUUCACCCUUCUACGCGGCACCGGUGACGGUCCAACCCGCUUCCUCUCUCUCUUCCAGCCAAGGCGCACUCCUUGCUGCUCUCCGUGACACCACCACCUCGCUCCUCGACACCCUUCAGUCCGUCUCUCCCCUCCCCCCGAUCUUCGCCCGCCGCCUGCGCUCGCUCGUCGCGCGUCUCACACUUUCCUCUGCCCCGGCACUCGUCGACGCCCUCAUGGGCACCCUCCCCGUCUCCGCGACAGGCGGCGUAACCCACUCCGACAAGCUCCUCAUCCUCUCUAUCGCCGACGCCUCUGCGCGCGUUGAGAAAGCACUCGAGAUCCUCUCGCGCGUGGACGAGGCGCUCAAGCUGUCGAAGCGGAUUGAUGACAAGGUUGAUAAGAAUGUCGCGAGGAGGCAGAGGGAGUAUGUCCUUAUGCAGCAGCUUCUUGCGAUCCGGCAGGAGUUGGACGACCUCGCUGCGGAGGAUGGGAGGACCGGUAACGCCUCGUCGUCGCCUGCUCAGCCGAAGGGCGUCCCGGCUGCACCGCGUCGCAAGCGUUUGCCCGCUUCGAGCGGGUCUGGAUCGCCCAUCACCGGCGAAGACGAGGACGAGGACGACAUCGCCGAGCUUGAGAAGAAGAUCGAGGCCAAAGCGUUCUCGGACGAGGCGAGGAAGGUUGCGAUGAGGGAAUUGAAGCGCCUCAAGAAGAGUCCGCCGCAGGGCGCAGAGCACGGCGUCAUCCGCACCUACCUCGAGACGCUCCUCUCGCUGCCGUGGACGAGCGCCGACUCGACUCCGAUCUCGCUCUCGAAAGACUUUGUCGCACAAGCGCGCAAGAAGCUUGACGAGGAUCACUACGGUCUGGACAAGAUCAAGAAGCGCCUUCUCGAAUGGCUCGCCGUCCUGCGUCUCCAGCAGCAGCAGUGGGAUGCGCUGCUCGCCUCGUCCGCUUCGGCGCAGUCGGCUACGCCCGCAGCUAUCACCGACGCUGCCGUCACCGAGACCGCCGUCGUUGUCCGCGACCCAGCUACUCCGCCUCCUCCCGCCGUUCCUUCUCCCUCGACCACCCCCGCUCGUCCGCCUUACAAAGCCCCGAUCCUCCUCCUCCACGGCCCUCCCGGCGUCGGCAAGACCUCGAUCGCGCGCUCGCUCGCCGAAGCGAUGGGCCGCAAGUUUGUCCGGAUCUCGCUCGGCGGCGUGCGUGACGAGAGCGAGAUCCGCGGUCACAGGAGGACGUUUGUCGCGAGUAUGCCGGGGAAGAUCGUGAACGCGCUCAGGCGGUGCGGGACGAAUAAUCCGGUCAUCUUGCUUGACGAGAUUGACAAGCUUGGCCAUGCGAGCUUGCAUGGCGAUCCGUCGGCGGCGAUGCUUGAGGUGCUUGACCCGGAGCAAAACGCUCACUUUGAGGACCACUACCUUGGCGUCCCAAUUGACCUCUCGCAAGUCCUCUUCAUCGCAACCGCCAAUUCGCUCGACACGAUCUCGGAGCCGCUGUAUGACCGGAUGGAGGCGAUCGAGUUGAGCGGGUACAUCCACGACGAGAAGCUCCACAUCGCCCGCCAGUCGCUCCUCCCGAAGCAACUCCGCGCCAACGCCCUCACUCCCUCGCUCAUCUCCCUGUCGGACGAGACCAUCCUCUACCUCAUCACGCACUACACGCGCGAAGCGGGCGUCCGCUCGCUCGAGCGACAGAUCGGCUCCGUCUGCCGCGCGAAGGCAGUCGAGUAUGCUGAAGCGCGCGAUGCGGUGAAGGACGAGGUGAAGGAGGGAGAGGUGCCGGAGGGGUACAGGGUCGAGGUGACGAAGGAGGAUGUGGAGCGGAUGCUCGGGCCGAGUCGAUUCGACCCGGACGAGUUGGAGAAGGAGGCGAGGAUUGGAGUGGUCAAUGGGCUGGCGUACCAGGGCAGCGGGAACGGUGGCAUCUUGCACAUCGAGACGACCUCUCACCCCGGCACAGGCGCCUUCCACCUCACCGGUUCCCUCGGGGACGUGAUCUCCGAAUCUGCACACGUCGCCUUCGCAUGGGUCAAGGCGCACGCCUACGAGCUCGGCAUUUCGCACGCCCGCGACGAGGACGUCUUCAAGCGCCUCGACGUGCACUUGCAUCUCCCUGCUGGGGCGGUCAAGAAGGACGGACCGAGUGCGGGUGUCGCGAUGGUUGUGGCGCUCGUCUCGUUGAUGCGCGGUAUCGCCCCUCGCAAAGGGAUAGCCAUGACAGGCGAAAUCACCCUCCGAGGCGCGGUCACUCCCGUCGGCGGUAUCCGCGAGAAGGUCCUAGCAGCCCACCGCGCACACCUCACGCGCCUGAUCCUCCCCAUGCACAACAAGCGCGACGUCGAAUCGGACUUGCCCUCCUCCGUCCGGGACGAGAUCGACUUUGUCUUUGUCGAGCGGGUUGAGGAGGUGGUUGAGGCUGCUUUUGAGGGUGGGUGGAGGGGACUUACGACGGGCGGCGGGGGCGCGAGGGACGUGUGGCAGGAGAGGGAGAGUAGGUUGUGA